UAUAAAUCACGGACCCGAUUGAAUACUCGGCCCAUUUGUCGAUCUGAGAUUCCGGCGAAAUCUGAGAUUAACAGAAUAAUUGUAGAUCCGAGAUUGUGGCAGUUUAAUUGCGCAAUUUUGGAUCUGCAAUAUUUCGCGGAAUUCUAUCACGGAAUAUCGGAUUAUUUAUUUCAGAACAUUGAACACGCAUCAAAAUAA